AUGCCAAGUAGCGUCGUGGUCAUCAGCGACGACGAGUCGGACGAAGAAGUGUCUGUUGUCGCAGUCCGCCCCUCCCGCUCUACAUCAAGCUCGUCUUUCCCAUCGGUCCAGCAAACAGCCUCCUCGGCCACGAUAGGCAGAAAAGACACCAUCACUAUCCUUUCCGACUCUGAGGAUGGAAUCGAGACCGACAAUGACGAUGCUGAGCAGGACGUGUUCAAGCUCAUCGCCGAUGUCGCCAAGCUCAGUCCCGUCAAAUCGCGAGCCAACAUUCUAUCGUCAAGGGCAAGCAAUGGCGUGGAAAGGACUUCGAGUGCUAGUAUAUUGGACACUGUAUCAGGUAAUGGGAUUGGGGUGUCUGGUAGAGCGAAGGGAAAGGGACGAGCAUUAGAAGGGACAAGGUCGAUGAUCGAGGGUAUGAGCACAAUAGAUCGCCUUGACUCAAUGGAAGAUCCAUAUCUGUCGUCUCCAGUCGCUCCAAGAGUGGCCACAAAAAGGCCACCUGCGGCAGACACUGCUGGAGCCAAAAAGAAGACCAGGCCAAGCGGCCAAAACAGCGAGGGUCUUUCCAAGGAACAAUUGGCGGCGAUCAAGGCGAGUGCCCGUGAGGCAAAAGCGGCGCAGGACGCCAAAAACAAGGAAGCGAAGCAACUGGCCAAGGACACGGCCAAGGCAAGUCAGGCUGAGAAAUCUCUCGGAAAGAAGAUGAAGGAUGCCAACAAGCUUCGAGUGUCCAAGAAUGACACUGUGCGCGAAGUCGCUCUAUACCUCUCCGCCGACAUGGCCAAGCCCUCAUCUCCCAUUGCAGGCGCUCUCCCCGAGAUCACCACCAAGCUCAAAGACAACCAGUCUGACCUCCGUUUCAUGUCUGAUUCGGACUCACCCAUACCUGGUGCCAUACGUUUCAAACGUCAUCUGAAGUCAAGAUGGGACGUUGCCGUCAAACGCUUUAUUCCUCUAGAUCAGCCCAGAUGGGUAUGGGAGAAGACCGUACUAAUCCUGAUCACUGCUGAAGAGCUAGUGGACAAGAUCGCUGAUGGGGACGACGCGCUUGUUCAAUGGGCGUCCGAUGUCCGGCUGCUUAUGAGUCUCUCUCAGCAGAAUCAGGUGAUCAUCAUGAUAAAGGGAAUCGAAAAGUACUAUUCCAAGUCGAAAUCCAUGGCAAACAAGGACUACAUGAGUGCUGCAAGGGCUGGGCUGGAGGGCGGCGCCGUGGGAGGAGCUAUGACAGCUGGGAGACGCGCUGUGAGGCCCACAAGGGAUAUAAUCGAAGAAGAGAUGGUCAAGCUUCAAGUGGCUGAAGGAUGCUUCUUGGUACAUGUAGAAAAGACUGAAGAUAUGGAAGAUUGGGUGUUCAAUAUCGCCGCGGACGUUGCCAUCCGUCCGUACAAACUCAUCUCCAAAUCCCACCUUGCCUUUUCGCCCCAGGACGGCCAGAAGAAGGCCCUCGAGUCGACCGCCGUUCUGGAACUCAUGCUCCAAGAGGUGCAAGGUGUAACAACGUCUGCUGCUGCUGGCAUAGCUGCGGAGUAUCCCACAUUUAGAGAUUUGAUGGAAGCAUUCGAAGAGGCGGAGGAGGGCCCUCGAGGUAAAUCGGGCGCUGAGGCGAUGUUGGCGAAUUGCAAGGUCGCUACGCUCGUGUCGGGAAAGGCGAGUAAUAAGACAGUGAACAAGACAGUAUCGAAAAGAGUUCAAAAUGUGUUGAGGAGUACAAAUGGUAGUGGCCUUGCAUAG